UAGUAGGGAACUGAUCUACUGAGGUAGUUCCCUUUUUCACAAUAUUGGCUUCCAACCAGUUCAAUGACUCUCCAGGGUUAGGAAGGGGUUACAUUAUCUCAGUCAGUUGCUAAUAUUACAAACCCUUAUCUGAAAUUCCAACACUGGGCUACAGUGGGCAUUCCAGAGCCUGAGCAGCAGCUUCAGUAAACUAUAGAGCUCAUGGGCAAUUGGCUGGAAAAUGGACUCCUGGUGUAUCACUGACGAAGACAUGGCAGAGGUCAAGAAGGAAGCGUUGGAGCGUCUGCGUCCGUACCUCUGUGAGAAGCUAGUGGCAGACCGCCACCUGGACUACCUCCGGUCCAGGAGGGUCCUUACGUGGGACGACACCGAGGACAUCUGCUGCAGGUUGGGGAACAGCAAGAAGACCGGUAGGAUGCUGGACUACUUAGCCGAGAACCCCAGGGGCCUCGACUACCUCGUGGAGUCCAUAUGCCGAGUGAGGACCAAGGACUUUGUCAUCGGGAAGGUCACCAGCGAAGUCGAGGUGGUGAAGAUGGAGAGGAGAGAGGCGGCCAUCUUGUCAGCAGCAGGUAGUUCUCCGCCAGUCUGUAUAUGCAAAGAGAAAACUCCCUUUGUGUCGUUGCAGAGUGGCAGUAGUGAAGCACAGUCCAUCCAAACCUCUCUGUCCAACUCCGAAGACAAGUGGGGUCAAAAUGAAGCAUCCUCUUCAUGGAGUGCCCUUCCUGAAGGAGUUAGUGUCUCUUCUCUACACAGUCUCCCAAAACCAGGAGAGCAGGGCGCCCCUUCAGUGCCCCUUGAGGUCUCCGAGCCCGGGUGAGAGUAGUGACCAGUUUCACACCAUCUGUUCCUUUUCAACCCCCCUCUCUCUGUGAUGGA